GCAGCAGGUUGGUGGAGGACAACAGAGAGAGGAGCACGGACAACCAGCAGAUUAUCCCCCUUUUUGGCUUUAUUUGAGCUUAUCUUUUCCACAUUUUGACCCGGGCAGGACAAAAAUGGCUUUGACCCAAGAGUCUAUUUUAUCUUUUCUCCUGGAGCACGGAGGCAAAGUGAAGAACUCGGAGCUGCUGAACAAUUUCAGGAGUCAAAUCAGCUGCGGUGAUCCCGCGGAAAAACAGCACAAUAGAGACCUUUUCAAGAAGUACGUCAACAGCGUCGCCGUGGUCAAACAGAUCGACGAGGUAAAGUUUGUGGUGGUGAAGAAAAGGUACCAGGACUUUAUUAAUAAAGAGGCUGUGCACGAUGCAUCGCAGAAAACACAGAUGGAGGAGAGUUUUUCAAGUCAAAACACGAGCUUUUCGUACACAUCUCCUCCUCACCGAGCCGAGUCAGCCCGGAUGAUAUACUCUGACAUUGAGAACAAUAACAUGUGCUAUCCCUCAAACAUAAAUGACAUGCAUUGUUGUGGUGAUGCCAACCGUGCGUCUGCGGGGAGUGUGCGGGACAGGGGGCCGUUAUCGAGGACCAGCAGUGCGGACACAGCCACUGUCAAAGUCCUGAAUAUCUCCGGAGAUCAGCCGAGCAGAGCGAGGAAAUCUGGGGCUGUGUUCGCUGUCAUAGCGGUGAAGUCCCCACCGAGAGACUCUGCACCAGUACCGCAGGAUGGGUUACAUUCCCAAGUGCAUCAGAAUAAAAGUCAAGCAGUCAAGUUGGUAAGCAAAGUUUCGACACCAUCAGUGCCAACUCUGAACUUUGCAGCCUGCAAGAAGGGUGCACCAAGCGACUCCCAGUGUUGGAAAAACAGACAUGCAGAGGACAUGCAGCCCCCGAGCUUCCCCCAGGUGAGGCCCCAGAACAAGACCACAAGACCAGGAGAGGAUGCAAAGUACUCAGAGUCAGUGCCUCUGGAGCCAUUAGCCCAUGAGUGGUUGGUAAAGUGUGCUGCUGGACUGUGGGGACAAAUCUAUGGUCUGCUGCUGCAGGACACACGUUUAGCACAGAAGAAAGACUUCAUGUCAGGGUUCACAGCCCUGCACUGGGCUGCCAAGGACGGCAACAGCGAGAUGAUACACAAGCUCGUGGAUAUCUCCAGGAGAAGAGGCACCUGUGUUAACGUCAACACCAAAGCGCACGGGGGGUACACACCUUUACACAUCGCAGCCAUACACGGCCACACUGAAGUGAUUGUGUUGCUGGUGCAGAGUUAUGGAGCCAGUGUGAAUGAAAGGGACAACGAUGGCAAGAAGGCCUUUCACUACCUGGGCAAAGGUGUGCCAGCUGAGGUCAGAGCACUUUUGGGAGGACAGGAGCAGAACAGGGAGAAAACAGAAGAUGGGGAAUACAGAGAGCACCAGAGAGGCUUCAACACAAUUAGUAAACUGUUCCAGCCUCACAUGGGGAAGAAACAAAAAACUAAGUUUGCACAUGAUUGGUGAGAAUGACUUGGAUGACUGAAAUAAGUAGGAGAUAAUACUGACAUAGUUUGGAUAUUCUGUGAAUAUAAAAACCUCUUAUCACAUUAUCAAUUCUCUUUUAGAUCACUCAAAGUCUAUAACUGAAUUAUAUAUGUAGUCUUACUUAUCGCAGGCUUUAGCUCUAGGUGUAUCACUGUUGGAUGUACUAUUUAUGAAUGCUAUUUAUACUUUAAUCGUGUUUUUUAAUACAACUUUGUGUAUCAACAAUGUGUUUAUUUUCCCUAAUAACUACACAAUCAGUGAUACUCACACAUAUUUGCA